AUGGGUGCACCGACGGCAUGGGCCGCACGCUCGUCGGGUGCACUCUUCGUCCACCGGCAACUCUCCACGACUCCUCCGGGCCCGACGAAGUCGACCGACGGGGCGCCACAACCUCCUCUCCCAACACCUCGGAAACACAAGGUCGAGCUACGGCCAGCACCACUCAAGCCUGUAAAGUCAUCGACCGAUGCUCUUUCUGCGGCGUCUAAACCCCCUUCACCGACACCUGCCGCCUCGAGUUCUACUUUGGGAUCGUCGGGAACGUCAAAGCAGGAGUCAUUAGCGGAAGUCACAAAGCAUGAUCUCGAGGAUGCAUCGCAGCAUGGCAUUCUUGCGCCGCCACCAGCAGAUGCGUCGUGGGUUGGUCGACUCUGGCAUCAGGGGAAGGAGCUUUUCAAAUUCUACUGGAGAGGUAUGAAGUUGAUCGUAAGCAACCGUAGACGAAUCCGCGAGAUUCAGGAGCGGGUGAAAGCUGGCGGAGCACCCUUGUCGCGGUGGGAGACGCGGUUCAUCAGGACAAAUAGACAGGACACACUCAAGUUGGUCCCAUUCGUCCUCAUGAUCAUCGUCAUUGAGGAGAUCAUCCCGCUCGUCGUGCUCUAUGCUCCCUUCAUACUUCCGUCGACAUGUCUUCUCCCCUCGCAAAAGGAGCGCAUAGACUCUAAGCGUCGCGAGAAGCAGAAGUAUUACGCUCUCGAGUACAAGCCGCUCUUCGAGCAGCUCAGUCAGCGCUUCCUCGUUCAGUCUGACACUCCCCUCAAAUCUCUCGACGGCUCCGCGCUCUCAGCAGUGAAUGGUCUCCUCGCGCUGCCGACAUACGGGCCGUCCGCCCUGCGCCUGAGCCGUCUGCAACAGCACCUGGCGUCCAUUGCCGACGACGACACGCUACUCGCGCGCGAAUCAUUCGGCCAGGCCCUCACGCAGAUUGAGCUGCGUGAUGCCCUCGAAGAGCGUGGAAUAAUCACCGAUGGACUCUCGCCGAACGCUUGGCGCACGCGCCUCGAAUGGUGGCUCACACACGUUGACGCGAAGGCGAGCGGCGACUUGGACCCGAUAAGUAAGCGGGUGCUCUUAGUGGCGAGCAGUGGGGCGGGCAAGUUCUGA